GAGAGAGAGGAGAGAGAGAGAGAAACCGUGAGCGCGCGCGGCACCAUAUAACGUGAGACGGUGUGUCCUCGUUCGUGAGCGCCGUUCGUGAUCCUUGAGAAAGCUCGCCGACGGCCGACGCGGAGCUACGCCCGGACAAGCGCGGCAUGUACAUACGUAGUCGACGGUGAAGUGAUACCGCGUCUACGUGCCCCGUCCUCCCCCUGUUUUACCUACACCCUCGACAUAUCGAGCGCGGUAGUAGUGGCGACGACGCGGCGGUGGUAGCGGGCAGCGGUGGAGGUGGUGGCGGCAGUGAUGAGGAUCUUUCGCGCCACCUGGUAUAAUAGUGUCGGCGCACAAAGUGAAACGUCGUUAUCAUCGUCGUCGUCGUCGUCGUCGUCGUCGUCGUCGCCGUCGCCGUCGUCGUCGUCGUCGCCGACGACAUCAUCCUCCUCCUCAUCAUCAUUAUCAUCGUCGAGGGAAAGCGUGAAAACUGUGAGAGCCGAGAGCCAACGCGUAAAGGGACAACUUUCUCAUGCGGACCGUAUACACGGUGGUCGGCCAUCCAUCGUCAAUACGUCGUCGUUCUCGUCCUCGUCUUCGUCUCUUCGGCCUCUCCUCUUGUCCACAGUCGUGUAACAUGGAUCGCGCGCCGUGUCGUCGGCGAUGCUCUUAGACGGACGUGCUGUUGCACUGCUGCUGCUGCUGCUGCUGCUGCGCGUAUAACCUCAACGAGGGAACACUGUGGCGUGUCAGCCGCCCAGCUGCCCGUCGAGAUGUGAUUUCGCGCAGUGGACUCAAGAAUAUCCUCUUCACCGUCGAGGAUGAGGAACGGCUUCACGGAUAUACCAGUCGCGAGUGCGGACAGCAGCACGGACGCCAUAUGGCUCGAGAAGAGCAGUCCGUCGCGGACAGCACCCGAGCGAGUAUCACUCAAUUUCGAUAAAGUCGUUGUCAAGCAAGAACGUCAAGAAGAUGAAGCGGAGAUCUGUGAACUGGCUGCCAAAAUGGUGGAAGCAAACAAGGCGAAAAUGAUGUCUGCUCUGCAAGGAGCGCAACAAACGAGGCCGCAGUGUCUCGUGUCACAGCCUAAUCUACCCGGUAUCCUAGGAUAUCUGAAUAAACGGCCGAACGAGACUACAUCGUCUGUGUCGAAAGCUCCGGCCGAUAGUCCAGACAGUAGAGUACCACCGUUGGACGACGAAAGCCACAGAGGACGUUUUGGCUGGACCAGUUUUGACGAGAAUCACAUACCCUAUAUAUAUCGCUCCACCGAAAAGUAUUGCGCCGUACGCAUCCUAGAAAAUAAGCUUCUCAACAAGUACCUGAGCUAUCUACACUCGGACAUCUACAGCUGCACCUGUAUAAGGAGUUACUACAUCACGGAGGCGGAGAGCAAGCUGUUCAACGAAAUCAACGUUAAGCACUGCGAGAAUCAGUUCGGGAGGGAACAGUUUACGUGCAAAGACCUGGUGGUGCGUCUCAUAGACGCCAAGGAGUUUUAUAAGUUUCUUGAUGUGUGCUAUACGAAACUGACCGCCGGUACGAAUCCAAGUGUGACGAGCGGUCGUAAGGCUGAGAAAUGCGGUUUCAUACGAAUAAAUAAAGAGUCUGUGGUUCCUUAUACGGUGAAAGACGGCUUACAGUACGUUCCGCUGUUUUAUUUCGAGGGUGAGACUGAGAAUCUCAAGCUGAAGGCAGAGAAACUCGAGGGUUGGGAUCUGUCUUACUUGAAGUUCUGCUGCAAGGUACAGGGUAUACGUAAUGAACUGUUUGCUAGUGAGACGUGCUCGGUAAUUAGUUUGAGUGAUAUUAAGAGUUACUUCCCGCCGGGUACCGGCUUCGAAGACUAUUGGCCGAGCAAAGUUAUGGACUCACAGUUGUUAGUGAAUAGCAAUGGCGGCGGUAGCGGCGGUGGAUGGACAAAGCAACCGCCUACACCGCCAGCGACUAAGCCUACUUCUGUGCAAAAUAACACGAAUAAAGUACCUCUAAACGCGCGCGCCGCUCCAAUGCCUAACAUAAUGCCGCGGGCAGCUACCGUGAGUGCUGCGCCGCAAAUGCCGCGAAUAGGACAACCGAGGCCGGUGGCUACAACGCACCCUGCGCAUUCUUCCCCAUCGGGACUUCCCUCUGGCAGAUCGAACAUGGUGUCGCAAUCUAUGCUGAAUACCGUUCAGGGAGUCGUUAACGGCUGGACCGGGCUCGUUGGCGGCCAACCUGCCUUUCAGACGUCGCUUGUUUCACAAGCGAACUCUAUCAUACGAAUGCCCAAUGCGUCUCUAAAUAUGCAUAACCAAAUGCCUGCUGCCUCUAAAAGUUAUUCCCAACAAUCUAGAAGCAGGGGAAGUAAUAAUGGGGCAGCAGCUCCCCCGUAUCCUGGCGUCUACCCGGUUACGACUAUGCAAAAUGUAGCCCAAGCUCAACAACCACCACCUCUUGUAAGAGCAACGGCUCACACGAGUCAACCCAAUCUCGGUUAUCCCACCUAUGGGAAGGAUGACUGGGUUACCACUACAUACAAUGCAACAUCUACAUUAGGUGUACCUAAUGCAGUCACAGCAAGUACAUAUCCGCAGAUGCUUGGUUUAAGUGAACAAGUUCAAGCUUUGAUGCCAGUGCCUACAUCAGCAUCAAACUUGUUACAUCAACAACAAAGGCAUACACCUGUGCAUAGCACAUCUCUUAACAAGUUUCCACCUCCACUGAUACCAGUUAAUGGUAACAAUGGUAGCUCCAGGGAUUCGAGAGGUAGAAAACCGUUAAUACAAAUAUCGGAGUCGCAUAUAUCCGCCUGUCACGUACAACCAUACCAGAUACAGAAAGCUCUUGUCGAAGAAAAAUUGGUACCCUGCAUUAACUUCAAACCUUACAUCUAUACCGAGUUGUUGAUGACUCUUCCCGAUUUUAUCUCUCAAUACUUUCCUGCCUGCGACAUCAACAGUUGUAGACAAGUUCUUACAGACGUUCUACAUAUAGAUUUAUAUCAAGGAAAUAGACUACAAAUGAAGAUGUUGAUGGAAGCAGGCAAGUGUUCUUCGCUAACCGAAGAACUACCUUUAAUACAAAUUAGGAGUGUCAUGAAAUAUAUGCCACAGUUCAAGUAUAUGUUCAACAGAGGAGAUAUGGUAAUGCCUGUGCCGGCACACUCUUCUGAGGAGCAUGCUGCCAAAAAGCGUCAACGUACCAGCUAGGAUUGGCUACAGCCUUACUGGCCUACUUACGAUUACUAUCAUUCGGCGUUCUAAAGAAGCCGAUGAUGUUUCCAUUCGCGCACGAUAAUAUCGAUUCGCGCAUCUAACGAUGUUCUAGAGAUAGGCAAGGUAUUUGAGCGGGAAAAAUUGCAUCUCGUGUUUGACGUGCAACAAAAAGCACACACGCAACCACCGAAGGAUUAAGUUUUUGUGUACAGUGACAUAGUGUGAGCUAUUUCUUUCUCCAAAGUGCACAACUGCUGCAGUGGAUAACUGUAAAUAAAAUUGAGGUGUAUAAAUUUAGAAUAUUACGGUUGACAAUUCAGAUCUGCUUUAUGUAGGACGAUUUACUUUGUUUCAAAACACUUGGCAUGUGACGUAGCGAUUGCUACGUUACGCACAGAGGAUAAGUAGAUUCAAGACAGAAACAUUCUUAUUUUCAAACCAGAUAUAUCCAUUCCACACAUGUGAACACAUACACGCACACAAAAGGAUACGUGCGUAUGUGUGUACGUGCGUACAUGCAUACAUACAUAAUAUACGUUACUUUAUUUCUACCUCUUUGCAACGACGAAUACUAUUCUUUCAGAUUCUAUAUUCCACGGUAUCUCGUUAAAUGUUAGUAUCUUGUGUAUAUGAAAUAAAAGUUUUGUUUGAAUGAAAUUUCGGAGAAAGAAAACGCUAUAUUCAAUUUAUAAAUUGACAUGACGUGCUAUAGAGUUAUUCUGGAUGAAUAACCUAUUUUGCAUAUUGAAUGUAUCAAUACAAUGUAUCAAUACAAAAGCGAAACGUGGAAGUAAAGUAAAAAAAAAAAUGAAGGUAAUGCUUCUUCAAGUUCCUAGCUAUUACUAGUACGUAUUCUGAUAACUAGCCGCAUGUUAAUUUAAAAAAGAAAAGAAGUGUUUAAACCAAUAAUUCACUGAUAAUUGAUGAUUUAUGCAAUAAGUUUAUGUGAAUUUUUAUACAUUUUUCAUAAAAUUUAUUUAAUAAAAUCGUUGUGUCACGUAAUAUCGAACAGUUUCCGUUUCAAUUCAAUUGUUUAACAAAUGCACUGUGUAUAAAAGUGUGAUGGACGUAUCGAACGGAAUGAUAGCUUGAAGCAAAUGCCUAUCCAUUGUGAAGAGAUUGCAGUAAGCAAUAUCCUAUGGACUACAUUUACAUUACAUACACCGCCAACUACAUUUGAUAUUUGAUUAAUUCAUGUGAAAUCUGAUAUUUUCGCACGGCAAAAGGAAGCAGAAUUGACAUCAAUUCAUGCGUUUGUAUUGUAACAUGUGCAUUUAUAAGUGAUACUUUGCGAUGUUGCUGCUGCAUCUUCCUGAUACUCAUACCGCAAAUUUUUGUUUCAGAACGACUUAUUAAGACAAACUAUUUGAAAUUUUUGUUAACGCGGUGUUUCUUGUUUAUAUUCAGUAAGUUCCAUAUGCUCGUUGAGAAUCAGUAUCUUAUGAUGGGGUUGACGUGAACAUCUCGACAAAUGACUUGAGAGAGGUUGUGCAAGUUUGAUGAAGAUAAAAAAUAAAGACAAAAGAAAAAAACAGUACACGUUGUAAAAUUAAAAAUACUUACGUUAAAUGUGAAUGUUACAGGCGCAUUGCCAAUAAAGCGAUAGCGAUACUUGGUAGAGAUUUUGAUUAAACGCAUGUAGUUUGUGUCCCGGGAACUAUAAAUGGUUCUUCCCAAAGCACCGAGUUUAGAUGUGUAUUGUAACUAUUUUACGUCUACCCCUUUCAUAGAUACGUUAAAUUUUCAUAUAUUUGGAAAUGUCCAAGGUACAACGUAUAUGUAGAAGACUAUUAAAUUAUAAUUAUGUGUGUGUGAUAUAACAAGAAAGUGCGACAAUGUUUAAGCAAUGAAAAAAAAUCUUAAUUGAUCUUCGAAGCCACAUAGAACUGGUCUUCCACAUAUUGAUCUGCAAAUACGUCAGGAAUUGAGUUCCGUUUAUUUUGUAAUAAAUUAUUUCGAAACGUCGAAACACUAUUGCAGUAUGUCGUCGAUAAACACGUCAUUUAUUUCUAUUUAUAUUAAUAGAUCGCAAAGAUGUGAUAGCUCUUAUCGUUUUGAACGACGUAUAAGAUGCUAUUUUAACUCUUCUCGAUGUGGGAAGCGUGGAGAGGGACAGAGAAGUAAAUAAUUAUUAUCGACCGGCUACUUUCGUCACUCUCUAACUUUAGCGUAAGAAAACUCUGAGAAAAAAAGUAUACAUGGUAAGCAAGUGUAUAUAAGGAAAUAAUUAUAACGAGGCUGAUUCACAUUGAGCACCGUGAAUCUUCCGUGCAAGGCAUAAAUUGUUUGGAUAUCCUAUCGUAGAGAAUACGGUGUAUUUCUGAGUAAUAUCGAUGAGUAAUAUUUUGUCGUAUUGCAAUUCGAAGAUCUUGCAUUACUAUUCGGAGAUUCUACAAUGGACUGGUAAUCUCUUUUCUUUUACUUUCACGAAUGAUUCAGGGAAUCGUAGAGAAAAUUCAAUAAAGAUAGGAAAAGAG